UACACCUUUUCUUAAUUUCUUGGAAGAAGAAUAACUAAACAUGGCUUCCAACAACAUUGUUGUUUUACAACAUGACGAUAUAUUUAAAACAUUACAAAACCACAUUCAGCUUGUAUCUGCCCAAAUAAACGAAGGUACUUGCACACGAGAAGAUUCUGUUGAUUUUAAUAAAGACACUUACUGGAAUAAUGUUGCUGCCGUUUUUAAAGUUUUAUCAAUGGAAACAACAAAAAUAUCUCUGGCUUUUUCUAAAAAACCUUUUCCAUCUAACAAGAACACAGAGGCUUUGGUUCACGAGCUAGAAAAAACUAUGCUAGCGUUGGUGUCAAUCUACUAUACAUUGCCUCUGACUCAAGGUGUGACUCUGCGUUGUCAUUUCAAACAAGCUGUACUUCAUGUUCUAGAUCAUUUAGAAAAAUUUGUUGCCACUUUGUCUGACUGCUUUCAUUCCAAAGAGGGAGAUGAAAGAAUCCAGUGGACAGGGGGUGUCUGGGAAGCAGCCAGUUUAGAACUUAUCAGAGAUAAUAAAGAGUGUGUUGCCAAUAAGUUGCGAGAGAGAUACGAACUUGUUGAUGAUGCCCUGGAAGAGUUAGAAGAGGCUUGUAGUGAUGAAGGAGUGGAGGUUGAUACUGAAACAGACUUGACACCAGCAGAACCUUGGUCAGAACAAGACAAGAGGGUGGUCAAUAGUUGCCCAGGAAUUGUGAAGACAAUGAAAAAUGUGCUGAAGAAAGCUCAAGAAUGUGUUGACAAGCGUGGGAACGUCGAGACUCAGGGUGACAUCAAUACAUUAGAUGAGUUGGCAGCAUUGACUUGUGAUGUUAGCAGUCUGGUGGAUGAUUUUGUUUCAGCUAUUUAUGUCCCUUUGAAUUAUGCAACAUUUGUUAGUAAUGGCACAGUUUUGUCUGACAGUACCAGAAGCAUACUGAAAUUUUUAAGGGACAGCAACUUGACCACAAAUGAAGAUGAAAAAUGGUUGGACAUUUUAAGUCGUGCCUGUGAUCACAAUUUAGAUAAAUUAAAAUCAAAUAGUUCGCCUGCCACAGAUCAGAAUGUUGAUUGAAAUAUUUUUGCAGUAAAUGUAGCCAUGGACUGAGAAUGUAAAUAAAGUAUUCUACCAAACUUU